UUGUUCAGUGUAAAUAAGAGCUGGUUUGUGUGGUUAUUCCUUCCGCGGAUCUCUUAUCAUUGGAACAUGUUCAACGCCGGUGCUAUUAGUUUCUUCUUUUAUUGGUAAUUACGGAACUUUCUGGAGCUGUAUUAUCUUAUAUGUGGAGUUGACUAAUUCUGCAUCAACUAGCCACAACAGAGUGGCUUCAGGGGGCUUAUGUUGCUUUUAAAACAGCAGAGGCUUUAUUUAGUGGUAUAUAUGCUAAACAAAUUAUCCACCCCGCAUGUGCUUGAAUGAUGCUAAGAGGGAAUGGAGAGCAAAUAAAAACAACAAAGUCCAACUGCAGCGACCCCCCCUCACAAUGUAAACAUUCAGGGUCACUUUCCUGAUCUCUCAUAUGGCUCUGCUCAAUUUUCCGCUCACACUUGAACUCUCCUGCAGUACAGACAAUAACAUCAUCCACAUGCUCACCUCCUUCUUCUCUCACCACAGCCAAGGUGUGCUGUGACCAUGGCAACGGACGCCACGGAAACUAAGCACGAGAUGCUUUUAGAGGUAACCGAAUCGAAAGGCCCAGAGAGAAGACGACAGGGCAAAUUCCAGCCCUUCAAACGACUAUUCGGGAGAAAGAAGAAGAGGGAGGCCAAAGGGGGCUUUGAUGGAGCAGAGCUAAAGGCCAGUUUUUCUACCGGGGAAGUGCGCAAUGGAGUUGUAUCUGACGAUGAGGAGUCCAGUCAAAAUCUGAGGGAUUUGAAUCCCAUCGGAUCACGAGCCCUCUCACACGACAGCAUCUUUAUUCCAGAGGAGCCGGCGGCCGAGGCCGCUCUAGAUCACAGCAUGUCCCAGGAAAACGUCUCGGAUAAAGUCAGGAAUCUGCAGAAGCAGAUAGCACAAGGUAUAAAGUUUGGCCAGAGACCUCCUUCUUUAAGGAAAAGCGAGGGAGAUGAGGGAAGUUCGGAUGAGGAAGAGGUCCCUCGGAGUCCUCUGAAGGUUCUGGCCCAGGUAGAAGCCGAGCCAGCAAUCACAGAGCCAAAGCAGGUCCAGGGGGCUCAUCAAGCCGGACCUCACAGCACCCCAGUGAAGUCAACCAGGUCCAAACGAGUUCUUCCGCCCACUGGUACCAUCGAGUCCAUCAAUCUGGACUCUGUUCCACAGUCUGUUCCUCGCCUGGACAACACCGCUGCCAGGCAUAAGCUGUCAGUCAAACCCAAAAACCAGAGGAUUUCCCGCAAACACAGACGGCUUACACAGGACCUCCAGGAAGUUGAUAUUCCUGGUGUGUUGCAAGAGGACUUCGAAGCAGCAGGUUUCUCCACAGACGCCCAACGCAGAGCAUCUGUUGAGUCCCUAGGAAGCUUCAAGAAACAGAGACUACAUGAGGAGGAGAGACAGGAGACGAGGAGGAGGAGGGACCUGGAGGAGCAGAGACUCAGACAGGAGGAGGAGGAGAGGAGGAAGAGAGCAGCAGAGGAGCUGAGGCUGCGUCAACUAGAGGAGGAGAGGUGUCGUAAACAGCACGAGGAGAAAGAGAGAAAGCUUAGAGAAGAGACGGAGAGGAGGAGGAUUGAAGAGGAGAGAAUAAUUAGAGAGGAAGAUGAAAAGAGGCGACGAGAGGAGGAAGAGCGGAUGCGAAGGGAGGAGGAGGAAAGGAGGGUGCGGGAGGAGGAGAGGAGACGAAUGGAGGAGCAGAGGAGGAAAGAGGAAGAGGAAGAAGCGAGGAGGCAGCAGGAGCUCGAGGCUGAGAAGAAGAGGAAGCUAAGAGAGGAGGAAGAGCAGAGGAAGAAAAAGGAGGAAGCAAAGAAGCUGAGGUUGCAGGAGAUUGAAGAAAAUAAAAGGUUGGAAACGGAGAGGAUGAGGAAGGAGGAGGAGGAGCAGAGGAAGGCUGAGGAGGUGCGCUGGAGGGAGAUGGAGGAGAGACAGAGGCCUUUCUCUUUCAAAGUUUCCUCUGGAGAUAAACAGAUUUUGUUCCAGAAGGUCAACCUGACGCCUGUAACGCCGACGUCCAGCUACCAGAGCGCUGCUGCAGCCGAGCGAAGAGAGAGCGCGUCCUCCUCUGAAGGACCAGAGUCCCCCAACCUGCCAACGUCUCCAUUCGUCCCCCACACCGCCAUCCUGGUGACGGGCGCCCAGCUCUGUGGGACGGCCGUCAAUAUGGACCAGAUCAAAGACAGCGCCUGCAAGUCUCUGCUGGGUUUGGGAGAGGAUAGGAAGGCCCAGGGAACACCACCGACCAAGAGCAAGACCUCGCCGGACCGCAAGUCUGGCAAAACCAAGUCCCUCAACGAGUCCUCACUCUCUACAGACCAGUCUGUCCUGGCAGAAUGGGCGAGCAUCAGAUCAAAGAUAUUCAAGGGGGUGGAGGAGGGGAAAUACGACGAACAGCAAGAACAGAGCAAGAACCAGCCUCAGCCCGGCAGCGAAGACACGCCUGCGUUCUCCCACACCAACCUCAGGAAGACCAUGUCCGCCAGCGCCAAGUUCUCCAUCACUCCUGCGAAGAAGAAGUUUGGAGAUUCCAACAGGAACUCUGAGGUGUUUGGUGCCGAGGAAAAGGAAGCAGGAGAGGAGGGUUCUUCGCCUGAAAGCCCCAUCGCAGCCUCCCCGGCCCCAAGCAGCAAACCUCAGAACAGGACGAGUAAAACCGUCCGAAUCGUAGAAAGAGGGUCAGAGGAGUGUAUGUUUGCCAAAGACCUCCCCUCUUUCCUGGUUCCUAGCCCUGGAGGUAAACCUGAGGCGGCAGAGUUAAAGAGCAGGGGUCGAAGUGAGACGGGGGCGUCUGAAAGUGGAGAGGAGGGAGAGGAGGGAGGCCAGGAAGGCGACGACAAUCCUUCGCCAUUCGGCAUAAAGCUGAGGAGGACCAACUUCUCCCUCCGCUUUCACAGCGAACAGUCUGCUGAGAAAAGGAAGAAGCGCUACAGUGCUGGGGAUAGCUUUGACGGCGUCCCCUCCCCGCUCACCCCCAUGGAGACAGACUCUGAUACCUCCUCUGUCUUUUCUGACAAAUCCAUUAGCCCAUCAUCUCCGCAGAAAGAAGGCGCGGCGAGCAAGUACUUACACGCAUCUUCCUCCCCCGCUGUGCCUCGGGCGAAACCUGGAAAGUCUUCCAGCUCCAGCACACACAGCGAAGGUGAGAAAGUGCUUUCCAAGCCACCCAUCUACAGAAGACCAACCACGUCACCCAAACCAAGUGGAGCCGUCCCCACCCCUCCCCCGUCGCCGCUGCCUAAGGAGGUCCAUGUUGUUGACGCUGUGAUUCAGAGGACAGGGGCCGCAGAAUCGUCCAGCCAGGAGCAGACCCUCAGGAGUGAGGAACAUUCAGCGGUGGCUCAGCUUCACCGCAGCAGCCAGAGCCAGGUCCGAGAGGAGGAGGAGCCGAAGGAGAAGAGAUCCUUCUUCCCCUCAAUCAACAUCCCCUGGAGAGAGAAGACAGACAGGAAGGCAGAGCUCAUCAAGAAAGUAAACCCUGAAAACGGGUCCCACAGACCCAAACAGCACACAAAGGUUAAAGAAAAACCAUCCUUACAGAGCAGGCACUCACUGGACAGUUCGAAGGUCCAGGAGAAGGAGGGGCCCCUGUGGAUCACACUGGCUCUGCAGAAGCAGAAGGGCUUCAGAGACCAGCAGCAGAACAGAGACGACCGCCGCAGCCACAGAGAGGCCAAACUGUCUGAGAAACAGGGCAGAGACAGUGUUACGCUGGUGAGCCCCACAGAGAGCAGAGGAAGCGGCAGCACCAGUCCGUCCUCUAAACCUCAGACCCCAGAGAAGCCCAAGAGACCGGACAGCCUGCUGGGACGCUUUGAGAGGCGAGAACACCUGAAGAAAGCCAACACCUUACCCAGCUCUGUCACAGUUGAGAUUGCAGACUCUACACCGUCGCCCCCUGCUGUCAAGGAGGUGUCAAAGCGCUUCCCCUCCAGUGACUCUCCACAGGUCUCCACGGAGCCGGCCUGGCUGGCCCUGGCCAAGAGGAAGGCCAAAGCCUGGAGCGACUGUCCUCAGAUCAUAAAAUAACUUCCCACUGGACUCUGGCCUGCACAAAGACUGCACACUGCCCCGGACUCUAAAGAACCUGAAGUGUCACCAUCACCUGACCCCCCCCCCAUGAAAACCCUCCUGACUGUGAAACAAGUAAAGCCCUCCAUCACCUCGUAACCCCACACACACUGGCUGGUACUAUUAUCAUGUUAAAGUGCGCUUCACAUUUAAAUACUUCAAUACAAUCGCACAGAUAUAUGUAAACAAUUGUUGCGCGCAUGCAGAUUCUGUAUACAAACACUAAAUAUGUCGCAGUCCGGGGGGCAGGAGCCAAUCAAAUCAUGGCUGGCCAUCGCAAUAGCCAACCCCAAUUUAGUUUUUUUAUUUUGUAGCCAACUGUGUCACAAUGGUUGUAAAUAAAUAAUUUGCUCACACGUGAAAAGGUAAACACUUCUUUAGUGGAGAGGUGAAGCUCUGACAUAUGACAGUGUUUAAUCAACAGAGGGUAACUGUCUGAUUAGUUUUUUAAGGGCUACCAGUAACAAUAAAACGACACGACACUGUUGGAUCUGCUUUUUGACGUCUGAUGGAAGUGUUACAGUUGUUGGUAUUAUUUAUGUGAAGCAGCGGAUUUAUCUAUGUUGAAACGAUACUGCAUCUUCUCUCUGAGCCUUGUUGGUCAUGUACAAAAGAAGCCUUUCUUUCUCUCUUUUUCUACUCAUACUGGAAACCUUAGCAUAACAAUUCUCACUGUGUCCGUGAUGACUGUGAUAGCUGUCAAAGAGGCUAUUGUACAAUUUUGCCAUUAUAAAGUAACCUUACAUCUGUCAUUAUCACACGGUGGGUGCACCUAAACACAGCACUGAAGACCAAAAGUGUUACUGGGCAUUUACAGUGAACUGCACAUGAUCCUCCCCACAGCUGUGUGAUGAUGUGGUUUGGAUUUAUUUUGCUUUGCUAAUGAAAACAGACACAACACCUGCUUGCUGUAACAUACAAUUAUUGUAGCUGUCCUCCCGCAACACACUAGUGUUUGUAGGCUUACGCCAUCACUUCCUCGUAAAUGUGAUAUGAUCUUACGCGAUAUUGUAAGCAUUUCCUCCUAUGAAAAAAAAAGAAUCCUCCAGCUUUCUCAUUUCCUGCCACUCACUAAAUGAUCUGUAUGUAUGUAAGUAUGAACUGUACGGAAGUCAAAGGCGUCUCCAGAGCUUCGGUCAGAAAGAGUCACUUUAUCAUUUUGUUUCUAACGGUCGUGGUCGUGCACAAUAGUGUAGUGUACGCAGUGUUAAAUGUAACGAGAAAAAUGUUUGGUAUUAUUUGCACUUUUUUUCCCACUUAGAGAUAUUCAUGAUGACAUUCCUAAAGAAACACAAAAUGUUAUGAAUAAUGUAAAUUAAAUACUGAUGUCUGAACUGAAAAA